UCAUGCUAAAAUAAAUAUACCAUUAUGAUUCCGUCAGACAUAGCUAUAGAUAUAGACGAUGAUGAUUUUGAAGAGAAUGGGCAAUCAUCGCUCGAACGACGAGAAUCUAUUAAAACCGAUACUGAAGAAUGCAAAAUAUCCAUAGUAAUCCCAGUAACCACCGAAGACGAAUCGAAACCAAGCACUUCCAGUGCCGAACCCCACAGUUCACAAAAUCCAUUGGAAAUAGCAAUUAAACUCACCAGGGAUAGUCGCCUCACAUCCCUGGAAGAUUUAGACCAACAGUUAACCCAGGAGCAAAUAAUGCUCUUUCAAGAAUUCGUCAGAAUACAAUCUCGCACCAAAGUAACUACAACUGAAAUAGCUGUAGGUUCCAAUGUAUUGGACGUACACACUGAAAUACCAGAUGUUUCCUUGUAUCCUCCUCCUCCCUAUGCGUCCCAUGAGAAUUCAAGACAGAUAUACAUGCAGCACUCAACUACAUACAGUGGACCUGCACCUUCUUAUUCAGAAAUGUAUGUGACUUUCACAUCGGAAAGAUUGAGGAACCAAUUCGUGAGGAAAGUCUAUUCUAUUCUAUCGAUACAGUUGAUGAUUACGUUUGGAUUUGUCUUACUUACUGUAUUGUACGAACCUGUUAAAACCUUUGUUUCGAAAACUCCAGUUUUGCCUUAUCUCUCCAUGGCUACAUUGGUAGGUCUUCUGAUAUUACUCAGUUGCUCUGUUCCGAUGAGGCGACAUUACCCAUUAAAUGCUAUUCUCUUAUUGAUUUUCACCCUAGCGUUUACCUAUACGAUGGCUUAUGUUGCUUGCCAGUAUUCUGAUAAAGCAGUACUGUACGCAACAGGUGGUACUGCUAUCGUAUGUUCGUCAAUCAUGAUCUUGGCAUGGUUAAACUUCUUCGACAUCACCACUUGGAAGUUCUUCUUGAUGGCAGCGUUUUUAAUCGUUAUUUUAGUGGGGGUAGUAAUGACGGUAAUAUUUUCCUUUGUGGGUGGUAGCCAGGUUUUUAGUAUAAUUUUUGGUCUUGUCAUGACUGUAUUCUUUAGUAUAUAUUUGUUAUAUGACACGCAAAAACUUCUUGGUGGAGGCAGAAUCGCCUUGUCCGAAGAGGAGUAUAUACUAGGAGCUAUAUCGCUUUAUGUAGAUAUUAUGCUUAUUUUUAAUUAUAUUAUGUUACUCUGUCUAAGACGAUAAUCUUAUGUUUUGAUGAAAAAU